AUGUCAGAAAUCAUGAUCGAUGAAAUCAAUUAAAAAAACUAAUUAAAUUAGGAAUUUUAUAGUGAGGAAUAUGAAGAAUUUUUAUUAAACUUUGAUCCUUUUAGUUGCUCUGACUGUAAUUCAAGCUAAGUUACCUAAAAUUAAAUAGGCAUCAAAUAGCAUCUAAAGGCUUGCAAAGACUUUCGAGAAAACUCACCUUUUUAAUAAUAAUUGCAGAAUAUCAAUCUCAACAAUUAUUGGGAUAUUCACAAAAAAGCCUUUACACUUGAUAUUCUUUAUAUUAUUAAUUGGGUUACAAUACUCAUCAUUAAAAAACUUCUUCGAGAAUUUGACAGAAAAAAUCAUUAGAAUUAAUAAGGAAGAGGAUAUAAAUGUGGGAAAUGCGAAUAAUUUAAAGGUAUGCAUUGUUGGUAUUUGAAGAUAUCUUGA